GUUGUCUAGGUCCAACCACUUGUUAGCUUCACUCCCUUUCCAUCAGAUAGCAGUCCCAGUGACCCUAGGGUCCUGGUCAGCAACCCCCAGUCAUUCAUGCACUUGGUGAAUGAAAUCCCUCAUACAACAAAUUAACUUCACCUCACAUAGUUCGUUUGAUUCACAUGCAGUAGUGAGUGGAAUCCAGGUACUCAGACUGCUAGGAUGUGGCGUAGACCUACACUUCUUGUUCUCUACCUGGUUGUGGUGGUAGUAGUCACAUGGAUGGUUGAAAUAGGAUUCUGGUGGGACACAGGUUACACCUCGUAUCAGAUUGUAAAUCCUCUAAGGAAUCUGUCAGUGGUCCAGAUUCGGACAUUGCUGGAGAUGCGAGGGAUUCAAUACGCUGCACUACUGGAGAAAUCUGAAAUUGUCAGUCUUCUUCAGCAGUCAGGUUCAGUUCAGUAUGGAGAAAUUUUUGGAAAAGAACUAAUCACAGAAUCUCACAACCCAAUUGAAAUAUUUGGCAAUGAAGAUUUUUAUGAACAGAUAUAUGAUGAGAAUGAGUCUUUAUGGCUGAUUGAAGUGGUGCCUGGAGAAGGUCAAUAUGCUGGACAUCGUGUGCUUGAUGAUCGAUCCUGGCAUGCUCUUGUGCCUAAGCUACAAGUUCUGCAAGUCAGCACUGCGGUUGUCAGCUGUCAGUAUGAUCGACGAUUCUGUGCAAGACAAGGAUGGAGUCAUCCGCAGCUGGUUCUCAUUCUACCACCAAGCCAACACGCUAGUAAACUGACCACUGGUCGGAGCCCAAGUAGACUUCCUGGCCGCGAACAUAUUGUCUUUGCAUCCACAACUCAUCUCUCUGUUCUGUCUGUACUGGCAUGGCUGUAUGGACACAUAUUAUCACGGGUUAGUGUGGUUCAUGAUGUGAAGGAACUGGAAGACACUUGGCUUAAUGUAACCAAAGUAAACAAAGAAAAGGUCCCGCGGGUAGUGUAUAUAUCAGAGCUACUUAGCCCUCCUCUACUGAUAGCUACUCUUGGUCUUCGUUUGUCAACUCGCAUAAAGCUUGCAUCUUUCACAGUCAGGAAGGAAGAAAAAGAACAGGUAUCUCACCUGCUGAAGAAAUCUGGUCUAAGUGUGCCCAGCAUAGCUGUCGUGACCUCUGAAGGGGUGACAUCGUAUGGUGGAAGAAAAGGGGAGCCCCUAACUCGCCCAGCUUUAAAUUCCUAUAUUUGUACAUUACAACCACAUAUGAAUGAUGCAUUCCUUGUUUCUCUCAUCAUGGCAAAUUUGUUAGCAGUGGCAGACUUUUUUUACUUCCUGGAUAUCAGAAUCAGAGCUUGGAAGCAUAUUGUGCGCACUUUUGUGAGAGUUCUUGUUUUUAAUGUUAUAGUGUUCCUGCUCUGGCUUGCUGUCACUGCAUUGUUAAAAUUUUCUAUGGUGAAUAGCAUGUUGCAGUCUGGGGCAUGGUUAAUUACUUCUUUCAAUUCCACAUGGCUUUUGGGUCAGAUGAGAUAUCAUUGGCUAAUGGUAGAAAGUCAUCCUACAAUUAUUUGGUUAUCAGUUGUUAUAUUCAGUUUUAUUACUUUGGCUUGGCAUCUUUUAUUGAAGAGAGGGAAUACAGAACAGGAGGAAAUGGAUACUAGUUGGUGGGCUGUGUUUCCUAUGGAUUCUUAUUUAGUUAAUGUCCUCUUCCGUCCCAUGGCUUCCUUAUCCCGUCCAAGGCCAUCUCAAGAUUUAGGCUUAGAGGAAGGUAUGGAACUCCUAAUCGAACGUUUAGCCACUCCUGAUUUGUGGCUGCACCCAGUAAUACCAACUGAUUACAUGAAAGACCUUCCUAUGUGGAGAUAUGAUGGGUGGGGAAAUGAGGAUGAUUUAAAAUCUGAGAGUGAAACUGAUGUAGACAGUGUAAGUGAGAAUGAGAAUGAUACUUUAUUAGACACACACACAUGUUGUCAGGAUGAUAAUUGUAGGCUAUGUGGCCUGUGGACUACAGUAAAGGAAAUAUAUGUGUGUCAUAGAUGUGCUAUUCUAAAACGAAAAUUAGAGAGACAGUACCUGAGAUAUCGUAAGACUGAUGACAGAGGUCAUCAAAAUGUGACAUAUGAAAGGCUGUUAAAAGUGUGUGAGAACUGCUGCAAGACAAGGAAGCAGCAAAACUCUGAUGCCACUGUCAAAGAAUCAAAUAGGAUCAGAAGUCCAACAAGAUGGUUGCUGUCUCCUCAAAGGCUUACUGAACUUAAAUGGACAGCACCCUCACAUUCUAUAGAGAGCCGCAUUUGUGCAAUAUGUCUUGGGCGAUAUCGAUGGUCUGCAGUACUUUGUGGUCUUCCUUGCGGACACAACUAUCACCAUUCUUGCAUCACAGAAUGGCUCUUAAAAGAUAAUCACCAUUGCCCAACCUGCCGAUGGCCUUCAUACAAGAACAAGUUAACCACCAUGUCUGCACAUCAGCAUGAAGAGUAGAGGCAAAGUACAAUAAUAAUAUUCUUUAUAUAAUAGGAAACUUAAAUAAACAUUACUUAAGAUCACUAAUGCUUUUGUAUAGAUUCAUACAGAGCCUAGAUAAUGUUAAGUACAGUAAUUCUUGAAUGUGGUUAGUGUUCUCAAGUCAUAUUUAAUUAUGUUUCCCUUUGAAGUGUUUCAGACAUUGUACACUUGUAACUGAUAUUAUUGAAUUAAGUAGAUUUGUUGUGACAUUAUUUGCAGUUCGAGUGAGCUGUACAGUAUAUGCAAAAAAAAAAAAGUAAAAUAAUUAUUUUGUAUAUAAUUAAAAAAAUUAAAUUUAAUUGGUGUUAAAAAAUAGACAAAUAAUAUUGGCCUAAAUAUUUGCCCAGUGAUUAUUCCAUAUUAUAUAUGAAAUACAGUGCGACCUCGCUCUAUCGAAAUCCUUCAUUGUCCAAACAUGUUCGGGUAUAGUUCAAAUUAUUCACUAGAAUUAAUUUGUUAAAAUUUUUGUUUGUUCCCCUAAGCAACAAGGUGGAUUUACAUUUUGUAUGCUUAGGCACAGUAUGCAAGAAUAUGUUAUCACAAAGUCACUUUUAGUAGAGCUGCAGAUGCAAUGUACUACAUUCAUAAUUAAGUUUCUAUCCAGAUAGGGCAUCAAAUUAUAAAUUUGGUGCACAAAUUUUUACCAGUGUUCACUCUUAUGUACUGUACUAUAUACAAAUACAAAAUAAAUUAAUUUUGUGAUAAUUUUAACACUAUAACAGCCCAGCCUCUUGUCUUGCCUAAACAUAAAUGGUCUGACCUUUUUGGGGUCUUGUUCAGCAACACAUAAUACUUUGUUUUCUCUUAAAGUUAUUUUUGGGGUUAUAAGUGUAAAUUUUGUGCUUCAGGUAUAAACAUCAUUUUCAAGUAAUGCUUCACUUAGUUGCACAGAAUGUAAUACUGUAGUCAUCCAUAUAUAGAUGUAGCCUUUGACUUUCGAUGUGGGCUUUUCAACUUGUUGACUAUUUCAUUUAUACUUUUUCCACUAACACUGUACACUUGUCAAACAUUACUCCUCUUAGAUUAAGCAAGAAUGUACAUUUUCAUAUUUUAUUUGUAGCUAGUAAUUUUAUGGUGUAGUGUCCUUUUACUCUCCAUCCCCCUACAUCACCAUUAAUGCUCUGAAUAAUCUCAUUUUCACUCAUCAAAUCAUAGCUUGGGUCAUUAGCACCUCAGGUUGAUUGCUGCUGCUUUGUUCAUCUUGUUGACUAAAUACAGUAUUAGCUAGAUUUUUAUUAAACAAAUUUUUUUAACAAGGAAUAUUCUACAAAUGUGUGAAUAUUGUGUCAACAAUGUGUCAACUUUUUGUAUCAUUCAAAAGGAUAGAAACGCAUGGCAAGCUCACAGGGUUGGUAUGGGUACAGUUAUUUUAGCAGUGGAAAACAAACAUUUUUAACAAUCAUUGGUAUAUUUGAUAUAAUUUUCUGGGAUGGUUCCUGCUGGUGGCUCCCUGGUGCUUGCUAAAUGGUGAGGAUCACAGGGUUCUUUGCACAUUUGACUAGUUUUUGCAUGUUUGGGAUGUUGUGGAGCUGUUCCCCAGUCAGCUCUGAGCUGGCUUGGAUAGCUUGACUGGUGUGCACGCAAUUGCAGCAUUUUUACCUGCAGCUGGGGCCUUUGGGGUGCUGCCAAAGUUGCUUGCUUCUCUCCUUCAGGUGGCAGUGGCUUGAUUCUACUUCUUUUAUCUGUCUUGCCAGAAGACCGUACUGAUCUGUGCCUUAGAUUCAGCUUGGUCAUUAUUCCUGUUAUCCUCCUCCCCUUUUUUGCCUUUUGUUUCUCAAGAAUGCUGUGUCUUUGUUUCUUUCAGCUGCAGGGUGGCCGAGUAACCACACUGCAGUGGCCAUUGAAGUGGCCACCAAAAAACCAAGUGACUUUUCAGCCACUAGGUCGCCUACUUUUGCAGCAGGCUUCUGUCCCCGCUGCUUGAGGGUGAAAGUUUCAGGGCAGGCUCUUGCCUGUUGUUGGUCAGAAGGCGGCUUCUGGAGGAGUCAGAUUCCUGAGCCAUUGCACUUUCUUCAGCUUUCCUUCUGAUCAGUGUCGCUGUCAUGCAUUUGGCCUGGUUCUUCAGGUCAGCUCUUACAUGAUUUGCCCCUUUGAUGGUGCUGUGGCCUGGUCGAUGUUUGGCCCAUUUUGCCAUUUCUUGGUCUGACAAUGAGUGGGCCUUUCGGUACGUGUUCCAGGACCUACAAUAGAGGUGGUCUUCAACCCCUCCUGAGUGAUUUUGUGGCUGGAUGCUGGGGUGGUCAGGUUAACCCCUGCUCUGCGGUGAGGGUCCUAGUUUUUCCCGGUCCCCAAGCUGGACUUGUCGGACAUAUGGUACAUUCUCAACCUUUCAGGUUUGAAUCACUUCAUUCCCUGUUCAAUUUUUGUCAUGACCACCUUAGACUGGGUCUGUCUGGUGCUGCAGGUGGAUUCCUGGAUGAUGUUCCUAGACUUACAAGAUGCAUUUUGCAUAUGCAUGUUCCUCCCCAAUUUAGGGACUGGUUAGGUUUUGUGGUGGGCUAUCAACUUACUGCUUCUGGGUUCCCCAUUCAACUGGAUUCCAAGACGUUCACCAGGUUGGCUUGUGUUUGUUGCUUUCGGGUGUUAGUGGGCUCAUAUCUUAGUCUAACUGGACUGGCAGGUUUGGGUUUCCAGCUAGUCCGAGUGUCUGCAAGCCAGGAAUCUGGUUCUUUACCAGCUCGCCAGGUUUGGGUUUCUGGUGAAUUGGCAAAAGUCCCAUUUGGUUCCAUUGCAGGUUUGGACUUGGCUGGGUCAGAUCUGGGAUUCUCAUUCGGCUGUUCCUCGCCCAUCCACCAGUGUUUGUGCUCAGCUUGGAUGCUCGUUAGUGGCUGAGAGUUCUUAAAUCAUCCAUCAUUAGCUUAUGUAUAUUCUGUGCAGGAUCUAGCUCUGAACACCAUACCAAUUUCUUCAGUUCCAUCCCUUUUGCUGCCACCAGGACCAUCGGGUAUGGGAACUAGAUUUUGAUUUUGGCACUCAAUAGGUCAGUGGGAGUCUGAGGCCUGGCAUGAUUCUUUUGUUUAGCGGUACCAGUGCAUAAGGACCUGGGAGCUACUGAAGAUUGGGGCUUCUUAAAAAUGAACUUGGAAGUCAUUAAGAACAUUAAGAACAUUUAAUAUUUUUGGCUAGAAAUAAAAGCCUUAUAUAUAAUUUUUAUAGCAAAAAUUAAUAUUACACAAUAAAGUUUUUAGAAUUUUUAACAUCUUUUGAGAGGAAAGUUUCCUCUCCAUGCUAAUAGAGAUAAAUGCAAAAUAAUUUUAAACAUUCCAUGUUUGACAAUAAAGGCCUUCAAUUUAUAAUUAUAAUAUAUUUACUUCCUCUAUUGUAUUCUACUCUAAAAUGAAGAUUGCCUAUUGUAUUUUCUGUGAAAUUUUUAGUCGUAUUGGAGGUGAAGGUUUGCCAGUAUGGGUUUGUUCUUGCCUAAUUGUAUUGAAAGCAGAGCCUUAUAAGGGUUUCAAUACACUUCCUUCCUGCAUAUUGUA